AUGAUCACCUGGACUAGUAAACAUGUGGAUUAUUUAAAUUGUAUAAAAUUACAUCAGUUCAAAAAUUCACCAUUUGUCUUUGUUUAUAUUGUAUCACAGUUAAUUAUUUUAAGCUUUUCAACUGAGUCCGAUCUAAGAUGGUUGACAUAUUCAAAUCAAAUUGUGGAUACCUUUUCUGUCAAAGAUUUGAUCUCAAUGGGUCAGGGGACAAUAUUCUAUCACCUUCAUUCUGGAAAUUAUACAAAUCUCUUAGAAUCACCUCAGCUGAACAGUAUUUUCGUUAUUGGAAACAGAAAUGCAAUGUUUCGCUUGAAUCCAGAAAAUCUUCGACUGAUGGCUAGUUUUGAAUUGCCUUCAAAACCAAUGACAUCAUUCUGCAUGGCAAACACAAAAGCACCGUGCACUGAAACACCUGCAUUUAAUUUAUUAUUACAAACUCAUGAUAAACAAAAUAUUUGGUAUUGUUAUCUUUAUCAAGCAGUUUAUAUGAAUCAUAAUAUUAUACCGAAUGUACAGUCUGCACGAUGUGAAAUACCUUCACCGUUAAAUUUAGAACCUGAAUCUCGUUUAGUUCAAUGGGAGAACUCGGUAUACUCAUCACUUGAUAUAAAUCGUCCAGGUGUAAGUCUAAUGGCUAGUGAUGGUUUCCUGUAUAGUGCCGGUUGGUUUCAUGGAGCAAUGCGUAUACAUCGUUCAAGAUUACCAAAUUUUGAUGGAAAAGCUAACUGGAAUCAAUUCUUGGCAACCCCACCAGAUGAGAUGUUUUUAAAAGAAUCAACUCAUUUCAUUUGUUCAUUUGAAACAUCGGAUUCAGUUUAUUUCUUAAUUCGUGAACUGAAAUCACCAACAUGUGAAGCUAGAAUUCACAAUCGUUUUGUACAAACAUCUAGCUCUUCUAUUGAUAUAGAUAAUGAUCAAUUUUCCGCCUCCUCCUCGUCAUCAUCAUUUUCAAAGUCUUCACUUUUGUCAAUCAAUGAAACACCAGUUACUCGCCUAUUACGUAUAUGUAAAAAUGAUCCAGGUGGAUAUCAUUAUGUGAAUGAAGGUGAAUUUGUUACAUUUAGUAAAGUGACAUUAGAAUGUAAAUUUCAUCAAAAUCAUCCAAUUCAUUAUUAUAACUACAAAACAAGAAAUAAAAAUGAACAAUUCGCAGAUUCGUUAAUGACUGAAUUUUCUUAUGGUUAUUCCAUAGCUGGUAAAUGGGAUCCUUUAGAUAAUAAAUUAUAUGUUAGCUAUCAAACUGGCAUUAAAUAUCCUAUUGGUGAUGCACUUUGUGUUUAUGCAUUAAAUGAUAUAGAAGAUGCAUUCAAUAGUGAGUUAGCACCAAAUGAAAAUUUGGAAAAAACUCAAAUACUGCCAAAUUCUUUUGAAAAUAUUUGUAAAAAUUUGAAUUCUGGUCAGUUGACAGAUUCAGAUAUAGAUAAAAUACGUCAACUACCAAAAACUCAUUUAUUACGCGUUAAGCAUGUGCAUCCAAUUGAUAAUCGUCCAUUAAUUAUUCGCCCUGUCCCAGGAUUACCAUUUAAACAAAACAAUCAUCAAUUAGGCUGGUAUCAUAUAGAAAUUGAUCAUAAUGACAAAAAUGUUAUCUUGUAUUUGGCUGGUAAACAACACAUUGAACGUUAUGGAUUAUUUAACUUAUCUACGGAUGAUACAAUGGAAAUAUGUCCUUGGGAUCGAUUGACCAUUGAAGAUUUUGGCAUAGAAAAUGAAGUGAUUACUGGUGUUUAUAUGAAACAUAGCAAACCAUCAAUGGAAAAAUGGAGUAAAGAGUUUUAUAUACUAACAAGUAAACAUGUGAUUCAACUACCUAAAUUUAUUCAAUUAUGUGAAACAAUUAAAAAGUCAAGUGAAUGUAUCAACACCAAUUUAAUUUCAUGCAAAUGGAAUAGUGAAAUGAAUAAAUGUGAAGUAAAAACUACAUCAUCAUUAAAUUAUGAUGAUGUAUUAACAAAUAAUUUACAAAAAAAAGAAAGUUAUAAAAAUCAACAUGAAAUUUUGCUCAAUAAUAUUUUAUCGAAAUUUUCUACAUCAAAUCCAAAUUUUUGUUUGUUCGAUAAAAACAAACUUGAAAAAAGUAUCCAUGAUAAAUUGCUUGCCUAUUGGUGGAAAAGUCUUCAAGGUCAUUUGCAGCAACAACAACAACACACUUCGACAAAUCAACAAAAUGAAUUAAUUCAAAACAACCACUUACCAAUUCCUUGUACAAUGUCAACAUGGUCACCGCUAAUAAAUCAAUAUCAGAAUCUUACUUGUCACUGUCUACCAUGUACUGAUUGUGCGAAUGAUGAAUUGUAUAGAAUGGAGUUCAUUAAUUGUCAAAUUCAGCCAACAUGGUCACUCUGGUCAUCAUGGUCUUCUUGUUCAUCAGACUGUGGUCAUGGAAUACGCACGCGUAUGCGACGAUGUGAUAGUCCACAGCCUGUAGAAAUGAAGAUCAAUAACCAAAUCACUAAAAAAAUAAUUGGAUGUAAACAUAGUUAUGAUAUUCCAGUCGAUGAAAAUACUGAUGAGCCUGAAGUUGAACUACAGGUUGAGCAAUGUCAAAAUACUAAUGAAGUUUGUAAUUAUGAAGUCUCUUCACCAGUUCUCUCGGAAAAACAAACAUAUCAUUUAGGUGAAACUUAUCUAAAAUGGAAUCAUUGGACAGAAUGUUCUACUAAAUGUGGAAUUGGUAUCAAAACACGUCAUUUAAUUUGUUCAACAGUUAUGAAUAAAUGGGAUGAAAGUGAACAUUCAAAAUGUUCUAUUGUAAAUUCCGAAACAAUAGAUACAAGUAUAUGUGAGAAUUUCACAUGUCAGCAAGAAAUCGUUCAUUCAGAAUGGACACCUUGGUUAAAAGCAUUGCCUAAUAAUCCGCAUAUAUUAAAAUAUACUACAAUACCUGGUCGUUCAAAUUCACAAGUAUAUUAUGAACAACGUCUUCGUUAUUCAUGUAAUGUACCAUUUGAAACAGCUGAUGAUUUACAAAUUGUUAGAACACAAAUUGUUGAAAGAAAGUGUUCCAGUACUGAUCAUAAGUGUUCUGAUGUAUCAAAUAUAAUAAAUAGUCAAACUGAGGAAGAAAAUAGAAUUCUUUCAGAAUCACUUGAAAGAUCUUCAAAUGUAAUCUGGUCACCAUGGAGUGAAUGGUCUGAAUGUAAUCAAAAUUGCAUUCCAUUGGAAAGUAUUUUAUCAACUGACCAAUUAGAUAAACAACAAACAAAAUUUUCCAGUACAAUUCUUUAUAACUCAGAUCAAUAUCAAAUUCGUACACGUAAAUGUCUAUCCAAUCUAUGUUCACAGAAUAAUGGUUUAGAUGCUAUCACUGAUUUACGCAGAUGUCCUUCUAAACCAGCGUGUAAAAGUGGUUGGUCAUGUUGGUCUGAUUGGUCAAAUUGUUUUCCAAUGAAAUAUGAUCAUGGCAAUAAAAAGUCUCAAUGUAAAUGGCGUAAUGAUGAUCGGAAAGCAACACGUACACGAACUUGUAUACUAACACCAUAUGAUCAAAAUCCAGAAAAACAGAAAAUAAUUUGUAAAGGAUAUGAACAAAUGAAAAAACAAUGUAUUUGGUUUGAUGGUGAUCAGAAAGACUGUCUUAAGUUUAAUUUAACCAGCAUAUACUCCGAUAUUCCAAUUGAUGCAAACACAAAUUACCAUAAAACUUCAGUAUGGAGUAGUUGGUCCACUUGGUCAUCAUGUGAAGUGCUACAGACACAAACUAGUGGAAAUAUACUGCGAUUCUCAGAGAAUUCACUGGAUCCAACAAGUCCACAUUUACUUGCUAUUCGAACAAGAGAAUGUCAGUUAAUUAAUAUUGAAAAUAGUGAAUUGUAUUCAGUAUAUAAUCACAGAUCAGUUUGUUCUGGCUCGUGGAAUCAAAUGAAAACUUGUCCAAAUGUAGCGAUGAAUAUUGCAGGGGUGUUUGGUCCUAUGAACAGAAAAAGGAUGAGAAAUAGAUUCACAAAUCUUCAUAUAAUCUUAAUUGGUCUACUAAGUUUUGUUGCCGGGAUAUUAGUGGCUGGUGUGGGAAUAAUAAUUUACCAUAGAGGAUGUCAUAAACGAUAUUUGAAUAGAAAUAUUAGUGGUAACAGCAAAAAUAAUAGGAUUAAUAGGUUAAAAAAUGAAUCACUUCCUGAAGGCGAUAUCAAUAAUCUACAUCCUAAUCAGUUGAAUUUGUCACCUCCACCCCAGCCUAUUCUAACUUUGCCAAUACCAAACAUUGUAACAUCAUCUAUAAAUGAUGAUCCGCUAAACUAUGGGCACCGAAAAGCCCAUAGUAUUGUUUACGAUUCGGUAGCUUCACAAGAUGAUGUUACUUACUUGGAGCCAAAUCGUAAUUACCAACAGAAAUCUAAAACUGAUCAGUUGAAUGUAUAUAGUCGGUUAAAUUAUAAACCUGAUUCUUGUUCUCCAGACGAAGCGUUUCAUAGAAGAGUAGCAACAACAUCAGAGAUAACUACAGUAGAUGGAAUGUUGAAAAAUGAUGGAUUUCGCAGUUAUCCUCGUACAGGCAGAGUUAUCACAUUGUCCAAUCCAUUGGAUUUUUAUGAAGAGAAUAUUUCUAACUUACCUUUCCAAUAUUAUCAUCAUACACUUGGUUAUCAACCUCAUCAUCACCAACAUCAUAAUUCCGAUCUGCCUACACAAUUUUAUAGUACAGACAUUGAGCAUUUACUACGACCAACAGACAGUUACUAUGACCGCAGCAAACGUCCAGACGCUACUGUAUCUAUGUCAUUUUCGAGUUAUAAGCCGGAUGGGCGUUUCAACCAGAUAAACGCCGACAAUAUACAACAAUAUUCACAAUCUCCAGCAUUCAUCCCUCAAAAUCGUCGACAAUAUCGAAGGAAAUCACAGAUUCAUAAUCAAACUAUGAGUUCAUUAUCAACACACUUGGAACCAUGGUAUGCCUCGGCUGCUAUCGGCUUACCGAAUAGUAGUAGUAAUAGUAAAAGUAACGGUCGAAUCAUGUCAGAUUAUGGUACAUCACCAAUCGACAUAUCAAAUACGCAACAAUAUCGUCAUGAGUACGUCAGCAACCGUGAUGAAAACGAUUAUAACCACCAUGAAGAAAGCAUUAGAUUUCCACCUAAAAUGCCAAUCUUAUCUGAGAGACAUAAAUUAUAUGACGUCAACUCACAGUCUAGAUUAAUACCAUCAUUGUCAGUAUGCUCACAUCAUUCUUAUAGUUCUAACUUUUUAGAUGCGGAUAACCGAUCGUCUGUAUGGAGUGGAGGUGAAUCAGUUCCUUUUGAAAGACCAUCUAAUCCACAUUUAAGAGAAUCGAUUGGAGCCUUUGAACACCAGUCACCUUCUCCACCAUUACCUCCUUCUCUACCUCACAUUGCAUUGGGAGCGACCCCUUGCCCUGAACCAAUAACAACUAGUUGUACGACACCAUGA